UAGACAUAAACAUAAUAAACAUGGUUACAUAUGUCCCCCUCACUCUUUGCCACUUGACACUUGUUCCUCUCCUUUUUAAUUAAUUACACUAUUUAUAACUCUUUCCUUUCCAUUUCUCUUUCUCUCAAAAUCCUCCCACAUUUCUCCUCAUCAGGUUUGACACCCUUCUCAUUCCAACUCCUUAGCAUUAUUUUUUGUUUGAAUGGAGACCAAAGAGGAAUUUGCAGUAGUGGACCAUCUGACCACACCCGCAGGGACCAGUUUUUCUCAGUUACUAUUCGGAGAUGACGAUGAUGAAAAUGCAUUGGGUCUUGGUGUGGACCAUACUUACAACCUCACCCAUUCCCCUCUUUUCUCCAUUCACAAGGCACCCAAAAUGCUUUCUUUUGCCAAUGAAGGCGACGUUUUGCUUCCUGAAACCAACGUCACCCCCCAGAAAUCUGUCAUCACUUCCAGUGAUUCUUCAUCUGCUUCUUCUUGCAACUAUGCCAACACAGCCUUCACUACUUCCUUACCUAAGUCAAAUGUCUGUGAUAGCAUUUUUUUUUUAUUGGUUUGCAAUUGGAGAAUGAUCUUGUCAUUAUUGAUUUUUAUUUUCUUUUGGUUGAAGAAUUUGCAGAAAAAAAGAAACGGGUCGGGACAUGAACCGGUGGUUAAGCCAGGUAUGGGAGGCCAGAAACAGCCUAAGAAGAUCAAAGAAGAGAACCCCACUUCAAGCCUGCAUGCAAAGAGGAAGGAGAAGCUUGGGGAGCGAAUUGCAGCAUUACAACAGCUCGUGUCUCCCUUUGGCAAGACAGAUACAGCAUCAGUGCUUCACGAGGCCAUGGGGUAUAUAAGAUUUCUACAUGACCAAGUUCAGGUCCUGUGCACUCCUUACCUGCAAAGUUUGCCAUCCUCAUACAAUCAACGUCAGCAUGGGGACGGAGAUAACAAUGAAGAGGAAGUGAACAAGGACUUGAGGAGUAGGGGUCUCUGCUUGAUCCCUGUGGGAUGCACCAUACACGUGGCAGGUAGCAAUGGUGCUGAUUUUUGGUCACCUGCUGCAAUAGGGAACAAUGUUUCACCAUCAGCCAAGCAGUGAAACCAGGAUCAAUGAAUCUUUUUCAAAAUUUGUAGCUUUUGGGAAAUGGGUUCCUAUGUCUGUCCAAAUAGGACUUGUACUCAAUAUGACAGCUUAAUUGGAGAUGGAAGUAUGAGGAGGUAAAGUGUAAGAAAUGGCAAAGAGGGAUAACCAUUAACAAGAGUGGUUCUAAGUUCACACAUGGAGGGUACAAAUGAAAGGUCAUGAUUUUGUCCUUAAUUAUGUAACAUCUAUUUU